AUGGAGGGCUAUGGGGACGUGGAUUCCUGGAAUUGGCCGCCACCGUCAAAUACGCAGCCUCACGCAUAUCCCCACGUCUUCGAUCCUACGGCUGUGUAUGCCAACUUCACACAGCAACCUUCGGCCCCAGGAAGUGUACACCCUCGUCACCAUUCCAUUGCCGCUUCGCAUGUUGUCAAUACCGGUACUUCGACUCCACCCCCUCCCAGGCAACAGGUAGCAGGGACCAUGGUGAAAGCCCAACCAGCCUUCAAGCCCACUUGGAAUGGCUUCCUCGACACCACCAAAGACGCCAUGUCCAUAGUGGAGGCUGCACUCCAAGGCCGCCUUAGCCACAUCAGCCGUCGGCCCCACGACAAAGAACGAGCAGAAAUGCUUAGAUCCGGGACAGUCCUCGUCUACGAAGAGAAUGCGUCGGGAAUCAAGCGCUGGACGGAUGCAGUUCACUGGUCCCCGAGCCGGGUCAUGAACAACUGCCUCAUUUACCGUCAGCUCGUGCGCGCCCUCAAGCCCGAGGAGAAGAAGUCUGCCCUGAAUCCAACGUGUGGCAGCAAGAGGAAGCGGAAAGAGAGCGCAGGCCCGACCAUCACCAAGACGGGAGAGAACGUUAAUAACUCCGAGGACGAGUACGACAACCCAGCCUUUGAUGGGAACCUCCCUGGCGACGCUACUCCAACAGACUCGAUGGGAAAGGUCUACGCGAAUUUCGCCCAAAGCCUCACUCCCGAUCAACAACGACGCUAUUGUGGCUCCCUGAUCGAUAGCUACGAGUUCAAAGAGGGAGGCCUGAUGAAGAAGACCAUUUCUGUCAAGUAUCAGGGCACGACACAUCACAUCAUCUCGUACUAUAGUCUGGAGGACGUCGUCGCCGGAAAACUCAAGCGGCCAUUCCAGGACCCGGAGCUGGCGGAUAUUCACCCCAGACCCGAGUUGCUGACAGGCUGGAAGGUCAGCUUGGAGGACGAAGAGAGCAAAGAGGUGCCCUUGGUCACGGGCUACUCGCACCAGCUUCAGUCAAGCCACAUACAACACCAACCCGUCGCUUCUGUCAGCCAAGGUAUGGGCGCUCACGGGAUACCACAUUACCAUAACCCACCGCAGCCUCAACAUUACUACGUCCAGGAGGCAAAAUACGUGCCCGACCAAAAAUACACCACAGGCCAACACUAUGGUUAUUGA